GGCGGCAGUCUCGGGGACGACGCCGUCACCGCCACGUGGGGAGCGAAUUUGAAUCGGCCGCCACCGGCCCGCUGUACCAUCGUGUCGGAGCGAUCGUUCGCACCGGUGCCCUCGCGCUCCUCUCGCGCCGACGAACCCGGCUUCGCGCGCGACCUCCGCUCCUUCCACGCGCGCGAGCAACUUGAUCCCGACGAGUUCCAGGCAGAAGCGGCAGAAGAAGAAGAUACGAGCGGAAAUGACGAAGGUAACGUAAAGGACAUUAACAAUUCGACCGUUUGCGAUCCCGAGGAGACGGAGGAGCCUCCCGCGGCCUUCGCCGGGGAGAAACGCGCAGGAAAGAGAGGCCAGCGCGCCACGGAACGUCUUCAAAGAGAGAAAAAGACCACCAGGUAACGUAGCGUUACACUCGUAUACUCGCGGAAACGGAGGAGAAACGGACAUCCGACGACACAUUAGCGUCCUUCGCGAAUAACAUCGGUGCGUUGUCGUGAUUAACGCGCGGCUAUUAACGCGACGAAGGAAGGAAAGACUCCGGAGUGAGAUUGUCACGGUGUCUGGGUGAGACCCAGUGAGCACAGGAACCACCGACCAGUCGGCAGUAGCAGACAUCACCGUCAAUCGCCGGUAUUAUCGUGCAUCACCGUCACGUGACGCCGGCCGUCAUCGCCUACCGGAGCAGCAGUUUCCCCACGCCACGUGACGACAGGCGCCAACGAGAGAUUGAACGAGUGAACUGCUUAUGGUAACCGCGCGGUCAGUCACGGGUGUAUCACAGCGGGUGGGAAAAAGAGAAGGAGAUAUAUCGCGCGCGAGUCGAGAGAACGCGGCCUUCCGCCGCUUCUGACACAAGUGUCGGCCGAUACGCGCUCCGAGCAACGACUAGCACCGCAACGAGCACCACGAGGCGCCGUGGUGGAGGUGGCGGCGGCGACAACGACGGAGGCAGGAGGCGGCAGAGGAGAGCAGCAAAGCCGGCCGCAGGGGAGGGAGAAAAAUCAAGAAGGAAGUAGCAAGUGUCACGAAGGGACCCUUGUCAGUGAGUGGUGGACCGUGCUGCAGAUUGGGCAUCGCGGCGUGUGCGACGAGGAUCUUCGCGGAGGCGAGAGCGUGUAGGGAAAGAGAGCGCCGGGGGCGGCGGCGGCGGCGGCAAGCAGGCGCGACUGACCGCGCCGGCGGGACUCGCGCGCUCGAUACGAGCACGCGCGCGUGAAUUCGGCUCGAUCGCUGUUUCCGAUCGCACCUUGCCUCUUGCAAGAGCAAGACAAGAGCUGACCUUGCAGCCCGACCUUGGAAAUUGGCGCCACUGUCGAGCGGAACGUGGGCGUCGCGUCGGGAGCCUUGAUCGCGAGAGCGCGGCUCGUGCGCGCCGAAUUUGCCGGUCGCCGCGACUACGACGCGCGAGUGUUGGACGUGGGGAACGCGGGAGAACGUCGUUCUAAUCGCUCUUGUCGUAGAGGCCGUUGCCGUUCUCUCUUUUCUCCCGACCAGAGACGAGGAGCACCGCAGCCGGUGUGAUCAGGCCACUUGUCACGCCAAUGGAAUGACUCAAUAUGCCGUCUAGAUCGUCAUUGGUGAUACUUAUCGCGCUGUGCGCGACGUGCGGCCGCGCGGAUUUCUUCAGCGAGAGAAAGGAGAUGGUGUAUGAUUUAAUGGAAGCGUCGGUGUCGUCGAUGACCGACGACAACAAUCUCUACAUAGACGACGGCUUGGACGGAUUCCCCGCGUUUGGCUUUCGACCCGGCUCCGAGGUGAAGCAACCCUACAGGCUGUAUCUGCCAGAAAAGUUGCCAGCCGAGUUCACUCUGGUGGCCACGUUCAAGCCGACCUCCUUCAGAACGAGCUACCUCUUCGCUGUCCUCAAUCCCUUCGAAACCGUCGUCCAGUUGGGCAUUAGAAUUUCGGACGGGCCCGGCUCCAACCAGAACGUCUCGCUGGUCUACACGAACUCGGACGAGCAUUCGCAUUCGGAGGAGGUGGCGAAAUUCACAGUACCGAAGCUGACGAAGAAAUGGUCGAAGAUUGUCAUCAAGGUUUCCGCGACCGACGUCACCUUCUACCUCAAUUGCCACGAGAUGGCACGGCAGCGGGUCACCAGGAUCCCCCAGAAAUUAGUAUUCGACACCGCCAGCACGCUCUACAUCGCGCAAGCCGGCCCGCACAUCCAGGAACGAUACGACAUCUGUUGUCUCGGUUUCCACUAUCGCUCUCUCAAAGAGCACUCGAGUGGCUCGAGAGAGCCAGUCGCACACAACGAAAGACGAAAGAUUCGCGUCGGUCGGCCGUUUACGUUUAGUUAGAGAGCAGCAAUUUGUGAUCGAUCUUUUCGCAUUAGUAGUAAUUUACUGGCGAAAAGAAAUUCGCAAAAUUAUAUUAGAAGUCAGAACAUUCUGAACGUAACUGAUUUGUCGUAAUUACGGUUGCAUUUACAUUUGAAUGUUACAUGAGACUGAGGGAAAAAAUAUUUUAAAAAUAGACAAUAUUUAUUCGCUUUCUGUGGGUAUUAAUAACAUAUUUAUUUAUGCUGGUAUAAAAUAUUUUUCGGUAAGAAAACGUACAUAGGAAAAAGAUUUCGUUGAAUUAACUAAAUGUCUGGUAAAAUAUGAGCGAGCCAGAAAUGCCGAUUGAAGUUACCGGAAUUCUGUUGAAGUUGAUUUUUAGUUAAGAGAACGCUGGAGUCAAUGUCGAACUCCAAAAAUGUCGAUUACGUAGAGACAAUUGUUACUAACGCAAUCACGCGUUGUCUUUUCAUAUUUCUUGUAUACAUAGACCUCACGUAAAUGUGUGUUGCUUUGUUUGAUCAUAUUUAGUGGAAAACUUAAUCAUGCAUAUAUAGAAAUCUUUUUGUAAGCUUUUCCGAUGUUUUUAAACUUUUAAAUUGAGGUGUAAAAGUACAGCAAUUCUUUGAAAUUUUUUUGGGUGAAACAAUCUUGCGUUCAGUAUGUACAAGCUACAGAUUUUUUCGUAUUAGUCGUAUAGUUGACAGCAUCUGACAAAUAUUUACACUCGAAAUGUCAGCUUUUUUAUCAUUUUUGUAGCAUAUUAAGUAAUUCUCCAAUUCAUUUCCUCCCACGAAUUUUUAAUGUGUAAUAGUACUAAAUCUGUGCAGCGCCAAUAUAAAGUAAACUUUGCAGGAAAAAGUCAGCACUCAAUCGGUAAAAAUUUUGACACAGCGUUCCUUUAAGCAGAACUUACAAUUGUUCCAUUUGAACAAUCGCAAGUCUGGUCAAUCAGAAAUUUAAAUAUUUAGUUAAUCCGAAUCUUUUUAACUUAAAUAGCAUUCUGGUAAUUUUAGCCGGAAUUCUAGUUUGUUCAUAUCUCACUAGACAUUUAGUUAAUUCAAGCAAAUUUUUCUUCUGCAUAUAUUUUCUUAAAAUCUCAACUUUCCACGAAAGCAAUUGUUUACUCUAUUUAAAUAGAAGAAUUUAGAUUUAAAUAAAUAUAUUAUUAGUAUUCAUUGAAUACAAAUUUAUUUUACCUCUCGAUGUAACAUGGAAUAAAAUAAUGUCGCGCGUGCAUGCGAGAGGCACGAUGGUGAUAUAAAAAUAAUUAAUAUGAUAUUAGUAAUGAUAAAUUGAUAAUAUCAUUAUAAAUAUAAUAUUAAUAAUAAUAAUAUAUGCAAUAGUAAUGGGAUAAAAUUAAAAACGACUGACAUUAAAAUGUAAUUGAGAAAUAAAAGUAUAAACGAUACGAUGAUGAGAAGCAAAAGCGAUAAAAUUGCAUGCAGAAAAUAUUAUAGUAUUGUAUUGUGUGUUAAAAUUUUAUAUAUAUAUAUAUAUAUAUAUUUCUUUUUACAAUG